AUUAGCUGCUCUUACCUUGUUCUAAAAUAAAAACAAAACAUCAGUGAAAAGCAAAUAAUUGUGAAACGCGUCAGCGUCUGGUUCAUAAGGUUAUCUAACAUUGGCACACUAUUUCCCGUUCGAACUUUAUCAGCUCUAAUUGCAUACUUCAACUUUCGACAAAUACCGGCAGUAAGUGUAUUGAACUGGUGUUGUGCGAACGGUCUAUCAGAAUGCCGCCGUGGCUGGUAAUAGGUGUUUCAGGUGUAACAUGUGGUGGUAAAACAACUUUGGCACACCGCUUGCGGGACUACUUUCAACAAUCACGCGGCGGAUCACUGUGGAAUACCCCUUACAUUGUGGGCGACGUACAGCUUAUAUCACAGGAUGAUUACUUCCUACCAGUUUUCGAUUUGCGACACAAGUGGAAUGAAAAACUGAACGUGAUAAAUUUUGAGCUAUUAAGCUCACUCGAUAUGAAACAUAUGCUCUCUGACAUAGCAUGGAUAAUGAAAGGUCGCAACUUGGCAAGUGAUCCAAUGGAAUACGUUGAUUACAUUAACGAGAUGUCCAUGUCAACGAAUUUCGAGCAUUAUGGGCAACCAGUUACGCAACAAAUGUACCAUCCCAACAGCUAUAAAGUCAAUCAAUGUGGCUUGUCAUCGCGACAUCAAAGUCAACAAACACAAAGUCAACACAAUCAAUAUCUACAUCAUCAUUGUCAACCACUGCAUCAGCAUGCACACAUUCAUGCAAAUGCUAAUGUGGCCCAUUCUUCCCACAUAAUGCGUAUCAACUCACAAUUGGCGCAUAUGCGUGACAACAAAAUCAAUCUGCUCAUAAUUGAAGGUUUCACCAUCUUCAAUCAGCCGGAGUUGUUAACAUUAUGUAAUAUUAAGUUCCAUUUUCAUUUGCCAUAUGAAAAAUGUUAUGCGCGUCGUCAGAAACGCACUUAUGAUCCACCUGACGUCACUGGAUAUUUUGAAAUAUGUGUAUGGCCACAUUAUGAGAAGAAUUUCAAUGAGAUACGAGAUCGACAAGAUGUUACGUUCCUAAAUGGUGAAUUAAGCAAAGAACGUAUUUUCAAAUUUGUACUGCAAAAAAUAUCCAACUACUUUGAGGAACGCUGUGAUGUGGCCUGUCCGCCACCACAAAAGCUUUUAGGCAUACCGAGUUGCUUGGCAAAUGGUCCCUUGAGUAAUGAGAGUUGUGCUAGCAGUAGUACACGUUUAAUAGCCGGUAUUGGUGGGAACGUGACAAAAGCCAGCCCUAUGGAGCAACAGUGAAUUUAUGGGGGAAUUUGUUUUGAAAUUCUCUAGUACGAAAGCUUGUUACAAUUGUAAAGAUUUCCUAACAUAUUAUUUACAUUAAUUUAUUACUAUUUAAAUGCACCGAAAUUUUACAUCUUAAGAGUGUUAUUUAAGAAAGGCGGAUACCAGUUUAUAGUUGUAAUAAAGUUGCAGUCUUUUUGAGUACCGAAAUUGUAAAAACUCAAGAUGUAUACUUAUUGUAUAUAGAUAUAUAUUAAAGAUGAACCAUCGUACCUUGUACUCACUAUGUAAUUAUGCGUACAAAAUAUUAAAUAAUUUUGAUGAAUGUAAAUGAACUAUAAAUAAUUGGAAGUAGUAAUCGUGAAAUAAAAUAUUAUAUUAUCUUAUACAUAUAUAAAAUUGAAA